AUGGCCAAUGAAGUGUUUAUACAAAUGCUCACUUUGAAGACUCAGGGCAGUGCCUGCCGAGCCAAGGCCAGUACAAUGGUAGCAGUUGGACUGACGAUUGCUGCUGCAGGAUUUGCAGGCCGAUAUGUUUUGCAAACAAUGAAGCACGUGGAGCCCCAAGUAAAACAAGCUAUUCGAAGUCUGCCCAAAUGUGCCUUCAAUGGUGGCUAUUAUAGAGGCGGAUUUGAAUCCAAAAUGACAAAGCAAGAAGCCGAACUCAUAUUGGGAGUAAGCCCUACAGCCAAUAAGGGGAGAAUCAGAGAUGCUCACCUGCAAAUCAUGCUUUUAAACCACCCAGACAAGGGAGGUUAUGUACCAGACAAAAUCAAUGAAGCUAAAGAUUUAUUAGAAAGUCAAGCUAAGAAGAAAAAUUAA